UGUUGGUAACAAAAUAUAUUGUAUCUAGUAAACAAUUCCAUAUUCGUUCAAUAUUGGCGUAUAUUAUUUAAUUAGAUAUUGAUAAAUACCAAACAUUACUCUGAUCAAUGUCUCAACGCUCUAAAGUCAUUAAUUUGUACAAGACGCUCUUGUACAUGGGUCGAGACUAUCCAAGAGGUUAUGAUUUUUUCAGAAGAAAUUUAAAGAAUGCUUUUGGAAAGAAUAAGGAAGAACGUGAUCCUGAAAAGAUUGACAAAAUGUUAGCACACGAAUCCAUAAAUAUGGCAGUUUGCGUUGCUGUAAUCGGUAAAGACAACUCCCCGAAGUAUAUUAGAUGUGCAGAUGAAUCAUUGGCAUUGCAAUUUCAUUGCAAAGUUCACACAUCAAUAGAUAUUAUUGAAGAGAAGUUGAAUGUUGGAAAUAAAACAGUAAUUGAUAUACGGGAUUUGUAUUUAGGAUUAUUAUAUGCUACAGAGGAAUACAAAGUAUACGGCUAUGCUACAAAUACAAAAAUUAAAUUCAUUAUUGUAUUGCAAUCGUCAAAUAUGUCAUUGCGAGAUAAUGAUGUAAAAAUGAUUUUCAAGAAAUUACAUGCUGCAUAUUCUAAUGCUGUGUGUAAUCCAUUUUACAUUCCAGGCGAUGAAAUUAAUUCCAAAUCUUUUGAUUUAUCUGUAAUGGAAAUGAUGGGUAUUAUAUAGUUUCCUUACUAAUAGUUGUAUAAUGUAAAAAGCAUUGACUAUUGCGUAAUUAUCAAAGUUAAACUCUGCUGAGCAUGAUCAAUGCUUACAUGGUUUCCAUAUUAAAUUAUGUAAUAAUCGUUAUAAGGCUAUUUAUUUUUCAUUCCUAUGUAGAUUUUAUGUUAUCGAAUUUUCAUAUUACUUUCAAAGAAAUUGCAAUAGUCUACUUUAAGAGAUAUUGUCUUAAGGAACCCUGUUGACAUGAUUUAUACAUAUGUAUAUUAUACUAUAUUGUAUAAUAUGUCCAUAACCCUGAUCCCAAAUAUAUUGGUUUUGAUUUCCUGAUAUUAAUGUAC